ACUGUACGCCAUGGUUUCCCCUAUCAACCUUCAGCCUUGGCAUUUGAUCCUGUUCAGAAAAUACUGGCCAUCGGGACUCAGACUGGAGCACUAAGGCUCUUUGGUCGGCCAGGAGUUGAAUGCUACUGCCAACAUGACAGUGGAGCUGCAGUAAUCCAGCUUCAGUUCCUGAUUAAUGAGGGAGCUCUUGUGAGUGCCUUGGCUGAUGAUACCUUACACCUGUGGAACUUACGUCAGAAGAGACCUGCUAUACUUCAUUCACUCAAAUUUAACCGAGAACGGAUAACAUUUUGUCAUCUGCCCUUCCAAAGUAAAUGGCUAUAUGUGGGCACCGAAAGAGGAAACAUUCACAUUGUCAAUGUGGAAUCAUUUACUCUCUCAGGCUAUGUCAUCAUGUGGAAUAAAGCCAUUGAACUGUCGUCCAAAUCUCACCCAGGACCUAUUGUCCACAUUAGUGACAAUCCAAUGGAUGAAGGAAAGCUUCUGAUUGGCUUUGAGUCUGGAACAGUGGUAUUAUGGGAUCUGAAGUCAAAGAAGGCAGAUUACAGAUACACACAUGAUGAG